AUGGCUUCGCUCAAAGAUUUUGUUUUAAAGACUAUCUUCAAGGACAAACUGGGGAUUAAGAGACGACUCCUACUGUCUCACUUAAAAUGGCGAGAAAUAGAAGAUUUAAUUUGUUUAAGAAACGCGAAGAAGCGCCGCGAUUUUCGCUCUAGGCACGGGCUGCUUGACAUUCCCCACAUGAGGGACGAAGAUUUCCGAAGACAGUUCCGCUUCGAAAAAGCCGACCUGGGUGCCCUCCUGUCGUCGUUGGAGGUGCCCGAAUCUUUCACAUCGGCGCAAGGUGUUGUUGUGCCGGGUGCUGAAGCACUGUGCAUCAUGCUGCGGCGUCUCGCCUACCCCAACCGGCUCUUCGACCUCGAGAGGGUGUUUGGUCGCCACUCAUCAACCAUCUCCAGUAUUGCAAACCUGGUCAUGAGCCACGUCCUUGAGAAGUUUGGCCACUUGCUGUCCGAUAUGAAUAACCACAGCUGGCUGUCGCUGGCGAAUCUGGAGCUCUUCUCACAGGUAAGACCCUGCGCCUGCGCCUUUCGUGUAAAUUUCGCAUUGCCACGGUCCGUUGCACUGUUUGAUGUCACGGAACCGUUUUCUAGGCCAUUACAAUUUACAUCGUUUUUGUUUGGCCUUGACUAG